CCCGGUUCCCAUCCCUACACCCACACAAGCGCUCUCUCCCUCUUCUGUGUUCAAAGCCGAGAGCCGAAACCCUCAGCCCCCCUCUUCCUCUUCCUCUCUCUCUCUCUCUCUCUCUCUCUCUCUGUCUGCGUUUGAGAUCUAAAGCCCUAGCCUCUCUUUUCCUGUUUAGAAGAUGACAGAAGAGCUGGAGUAUCGAUGCUUCAUCGGUGGCCUUGCAUGGUCAACAUCUGAUAGAAGUCUAAGAGAAGCAUUUGAAAAGUUUGGAAAGCUCAUUGAAGCUAAGGUAGUUGUUGAUAAGUUUUCUGGACGCUCUCGUGGAUUUGGGUUUGUCACUUUUGAUGAUAAAAAAGCAAUGGAAGAGGCCAUUGAGGAAAUGAAUGGAUUGGAUUUAGAUGGACGAACUAUCACUGUUGAUAAAGCUCAGCCUCACCAAGGUGGUGGAGGUAGAGAUUUUGACGGCGACCGUGGUCGUGACCGCGGUCGUGAUCGUGACCGUGGUCGCGACUUUGGAGGUGGAGGUGGGCGUGGAGGUGGAGGAGACUGCUUCAAGUGUGGCAAGCCAGGGCAUUUUGCCAGGGAGUGUCCAAGUGAAGGUUCAAGAGGAGGGGGUGGCAGGUAUGGUGAUAGGGAUGAUAAGUAUGGCGGCGGCGGCGGCGGUGGUAGUGGUCGUUAUGGACCUGAUCGAAAUGGAGACCGAUCAUCUAGUGGGCGCAGCAGGGAUUCUGGUAGUCAUGGAGGUUCUGGAAGUGAUCGAUACAGUCGUGACCGCUCUGGCCCAUAUGACCGUCGGAGUACAGGUGGCUUCCGUUCUGGAUAGAACAAUUGCGUCCUAUAGUGCUUGGGAACCUGAGGAGCUGCUCAGGUGACUGUCUCUCUCUGCACUGCUUUGAAGUUUCCCCUCGCUGGAUGUGUCCUCUGAUGAUUUUCUGGGUUGGACCAGUAUUUUGAAGUGCGAAUCUUGCAUAGAUAUUCACCUGUUUUUUGUUGCUAAAUGCUCGACCGAAUGUUUGAUCCGAUGGAAUUUUAUGCAUGCUUGCAAAUGAUAUUUCAAUUUGGCCUUAUACUCUAUGAAUCCAUUGCGACUGGUGGUUGUCUGUGACUUUCA